AUGCUGGACUUUGUUAAUGAGCUGUUUGUUCGUUCACCUCCAAACACUACUGCAUGGUGUGACUCACUUGAGGCAUUUCUGAGUUCUCGUACAUAUAAGCUUGAGAGUAGAGAUGCCAUAAGACGUCGCUUUGGAAAUGCACUACAGUGGUAUGGCAAUCUCAUUGCCCAGAAAGAACAUUUGAUCUCUGGGGUUAUAAAUGAGGGCUCUCUAAAAUACCUUGCAGAGGCUGGGUCUUCACUUGAAUCAGAUGAUAUAGAGGGAAACCAAAACUAUGAACCUCCCCCUUCAUCUAGUCCUACUUCAGUGGCAGAUGAGGCUAGUGAUGACUCUGAUGAGUCUCAUGAGAGUAAGAAUACUACAAAUGGUGAAUCAGAUCUUCAGCGUCCAAGUGAAUACUUGCGGAAACGGUGCCCUCUCUGUUUUGGUGGGGAUAAUCCACAUGACCCAAAUUUUAUGGCUGAUAUCAUUGUAUGCAUUGAUGCUUGUUUUACUCACAAGAGAAGAAACCCUGCAAAAGGUGGGGCAAAGGGACCUGAAAAUCUGCAUCCUGAUACAGUAUUUGUGCCUGAGAAAUAUGUAAUGGAGAUGAAGGCUUUAGUUGAGACAGUUCGACCAGAGAAGUCAAAAGGAAAAGAAAAAGCUAAUGUACCAUCUGAUGGACAACCGGCUGAAGACUCAUAUGAACCUGGCAUGAAGGUCCCUGUCUCAGCUUUGGAGGGAUGCCUGGCCUCCUUUAUUGCAGAAGAUGAGAGAAGAACUAAAGCCAGCACACAGUUCUUUGCAGAUACAGGUCUUAUGGCCAUGCUGUGUCAUCAUGACCAUGUUCUCUAG